CAGGUGUGGCCAUUAAAAGGAAAAAAAAAAAAUCCAUACCAAACAAACAAACAGGUACCAGUGAAUGAAAAUGGAUGCCGGUGUCAGUGCUGGGUUCUGAGGGUCCCGGGGAAGGGGUGCUGGAGGGAUGGUGCUGCUACAUGGUUGAAGCAUCAUCUGCAGCUCUACCCUCUUUCCCGUUCUUAGCCUGCCCGCUACCUGUGGCCUCUUGCAUAGGUGGUGGCUCACAUAGCCAGAGAGGUGCUUAGGCAUUGAGGCUGGCAGUCUAUGGAGGGAAGACAUGAGAAUCUGUAUGAUUUUGUUCUCCCAAAGGAGAGCUCACUCAGCCAGAUGAAACUCCUUCCCAAACGCAACCUGUCUCAACGUGCGGCUUAGACCAGCUGGACGUUACUGGUGGCAAAGUGGGGUAGGGAAACCUCCCUCUCCCCAGUGGGGAAAAAAGGCACAUAUCAAAGCAGCGGGAAAGCCUUGACGAGUUAAUGUGCCACCAGUCUGUAUCUGGUCUGUCCCGUGUCCCAAAUCGUCUCCUCUUCUGGCUUAGACACUCAUUUUGCUUCUCAGCCUCCACCAGUGAGAAUACCUAUUUUCAUGUAUAUAUAUUGAACUUUUAUACGUCGUGUUUUAUACAUUCAUGGACUGUAUGUAUUGUCCAUGGCACACGCACCCUCCCCAUCCCGCCUGUGUUGGCUUCUCCCAGAGUCAGAGAGAGGAGGGCGGGGAACCAGGGUGGGGAGACGCAGGGCUCGCUGUGGCUGCAGAUUCUAGGGGCGUCCCCAAUGCUGUCGUCAAGACGAUGUUGUACAAUGUCUUGAAAACAAAAGUUAAUGCAAACCUUUUGAUGUUGAGCGCACCAUUGGAGGUCUGUCGCCAUCAUCACUUGCGUGGCAAGGCUCCACCUGGGCCCUGGGGGACCUCCAGCAUCCGCGGGCUGGCCCUGCAGACGGCCCCCCAACCCCACAUCCAGGAAGAGGAGCGCCCAGGCUGGCAUUCUCACCAGCCCGCAUAGACAGCCCCCACUUCCAGGCAGCAGGCUCUGUGCACGGGUGGUGAGCGCCGCCGUCACCGUGACUAAAGGCCUCAGCUGCGGCUCUGUUUCUCCCCCCGCCCCCCCCCGCACCCCCCGCAUCUUUCUCUUCCUGUUUUCUGAGGGUUGCUACUGUGACAUUAAGUAAUGUAUAGAAAAUAAUCGACUUCCUAUUUCUGAGCCGGCCCGAGUUUCGUCUCUGCUCACGUCUCCUCCAGGGUGCUCACAGUGGUGCUUUUCUGGGCGAAACGCCGAGGUGACCCGGAGGCCACACCGUGGGAGGCCGCCCGCUUUUCUGCCCCGCGGGGAGGGUGUCUCUGUGCUCUGGGGUGCUGCUUUUUGCGGAGCGGGGCCUGGAAGGAGGCCUGAGGCAUCUCAGCAGAGAGAGUGGAGGGAGGGCCAGGCCGGCGGCCCCCCGCUCCAGGUGGCCUGCCCAGGUGUCUUUUCUGGGGCCCCGGAGGGCUCCUCAGUGUCGGCCCGGGUCAUUUGUGUUUGAAUCGGAGCAACACUGACUGCAAACACAUCACUCUCCAUCAAGGUUGCCUGGCAUCUUGGGCCACCCAGAUGAUGUGGAAUGGAGGUGCCAGAACUCACCCGCCCUGCCUCGCCUGCCAGGGACCAGCCAGCUCCUGCUUCCGCCACCCCAGGGGCCCCAGGUGGGCAGGCCUCACCCCGCCUGCCACUGGGCCCCAUCAUCCUGCCGCCAGAGCAGGGCCUGGCCCCCACUGUGCUCCUGAAGGCCCUGCCCAUCCCCCUGUACCACACAGUGCCUCCGGGGGGCUUCCAGCCGCGGGCCCCCCUCGUGACAGGCAGCCUGGACGGGGCCAGCGUGCCCUUCAUUCUCAGCCCCCUGCUGCAGCCUGAAGGACCUGGUCCCACCGCGGUGGGGAAGUCGGCGGCCCCAGCGCUCACUGUGAACAUUGUAGGCACCCUGCCUGUCCUGUCGCCUGGCCUGGGUCCCACGCUGGGCAGCCCGGGCAAGGUGCGGAAUGCUGGCAAGUACCUGUGUCCACACUGCGGCCGGGACUGCCUGAAGCCCAGUGUUUUGGAGAAGCACAUCCGGUCCCACACGGGUGAGAGGCCCUUCCCCUGUGCCACCUGCGGCAUCGCCUUUAAGACUCAGAGCAACUUGUACAAGCACAGGCGCACCCAGACACACCUCAACAACUCCCGGCAGUCCUCGGAGUCCGAUGGUGGCGGCGGCGCUGGUGGUGGCGGCGGCAGCGGCGGCAGUCUCCUGGAGGAGGGGGGCAGGGCUGGAGAGCCCCCCGGAGCCCAGGGGGCACCAUCAGAGAGACCCCUUUCACCAGGCGCCCCGGCCUCUGGGCACUGCCCUGUGCCCUCCGAGCAUCUGCCCCCGGUUGCCAAGAACCUGGAACCGAAGCUGGAAGCUGUUCCUUGCUCGGGGUCCACGUCUGAUGUCAGAGAGGCGCCUUUAGACUCGGCCCCCCACCUCCAGCCCGCCAGCUCGCUGCCAAGACGGAAGCUGCCCGAGCCGCGGACGCCGACGGCCGGGAGGCCGAGCUCCCAGCAGGCGCAGCCGGCAACGUCGGCGGAGAAGCCCGGGGACGCCAAGGCCGCGGAGGGCCGGCUGCGGAAGUGCGAGAGCACCGACUCGGGCUACCUGUCCCGCUCGGACAGCGCGGAGCAGCCGCCGGCCGCCGGCAGCCCCCUGCACAGCCUGUCGGAGCACAGCGCCGAGUCCGAGGGUGAGGGCGGCCCGGGGCCCGGGCGCGCGGAGCGGGCGGCAGGCCUGGAGCUGGAGAAGAGGCGGCUGGAGGAGCGCAUCGCCAGGCUCAUCUCGCACAACCAGGCGGUGGUGGACGACCCGCAGCUGGACCACGUGCGGCCCCGCAAGACCGUGCUGUCCAAGCAGGGCAGCAUCGACCUGCCCAUGCCCUACACCUACAAGGACUCCUUCCACUUCGACCUGCGGCCGCCGGAGCCCGGCCGGAGGCUGCCGGCCGCCCUGCGCGCCGCGCGCUCCACCUGCACGGCCCCGGGCAGGGCGCGGCCCGUCGUCUUCCACUCGGUGCCCACGCAGCUCUCCACCAGCGCCGAAUGCGUGCCUGUCACCCGGAGCAACUCGCUGCCCUUCGUCGAGGGCACCGGGACGACGUGGCAGGAGCCACCGGACCCCCGGGACGCCUGGCCCCGGAGGCAGAAGCCUCUGAGCCCCAGGCCCGCCCCCGCCCGACUGGCCGAUGUCCCCAGCGGUCACCCCCGGGCCCUGGUCAGACAGGUUGCGGUGGAGGACCUCCUGUGUCCCCCGACGGGAGACACCGCCGCCUCUGUGGAGGACCCGGAUGGAAACAGACCCGCCGUGGGGGAGGAGGCGGCCAACAAAGGUCCGGCGGCCGGGAAGAGACGUGGCCAGAAGAAGCUAAGGAUGUUCUCCCAAGACAAGUGGCAGGUGUACGGGAACGAGACGUUCAAGAGAAUCUACCAGAAGAUGAAAGCCAGCCACCACGCAGGCAAGAAGGCCGCGGAGGUGACAGGGGGCGGUGCGACCCAACCGGCCUGUCCGCUUCGGGAAGAGGCAGCAGAGUGCCAGGGUGCGGCCCCCUCCCAGGAGGAGAGGGGAGCCCCUGUCGGUGGGGACAGUUCCAUGGGAGCCAAGCCAGCGCCCAGGGCAAGUUCUCCAGCCCUGGAGGGCUUCUUGGCGGCAGAGCCCAUCAGACAGAGAGAGACAGUGGGGAGAGCAGGAGGCAGUGACCAGCCCUGCCUGACCAGGGCCGCCUCACCCCCCACCCUCCGGUGCAGAGAAGCCCUCUCCCUGGGCAGCAAGAGCCCCCUGCCUCCUCCCAGUGGGAGGCUGGAGCUGGGGUGUCAGCUGCUCCCAGCACCUGCUUCCCCCAAGGGAGGUGACCCAGAGGCUCCCAGGCCAGGUGUGCCCACCCCGAAGCUGGAAGGCAGCACCUGUGGUGGGGGGGGUUCAGAGGCCUGUCCACAGGCCCAUGUGGUUCUGAGACGGCCAGGUGGGGGCUCUCAGGAGCCCCAGGCUACAGAGGACAGGAUCCCCUCAGAGAGGAAGAAGCCGAAAGUGGAGGAGUUAAGCUUCCCGGAGUCCCCGGGAGCUGGAGGAGAGACCCUCGGGGGUCCCAGGCAGGCCGCCUCCCCGCCACCUCAGAAGCAGGAUGGUGACCCUGCAGAAAAGCCAGAGGGGCUGCCUGGAAGUGGUGACUGCAUGGUGAAGCGCCGGGCUGGGCAGCUGGCUGAGCCCAGAGAGGCCUCUGGGGCCUUGUCUGCUGCUGCUUCUGGGGCCCCAAGGCUGGCAGGAGUUUGGGACACGGAGCCUCUGCUUCGUUCAGCAGCCGCCUCCCAGCCUCUGGCUCCCUGCAUCCUCGCUGGCCCAGUGGACCCCACCUUUCCUCCCCAGUACCUCCUCAGGUUACCCCAGGGAGAGAGCCAGCUCCCACCCCCCGCCCCCCAGAAGCCAGCCCAAGGCCAGGACCCUCUCUGCAAGGCAGGAUGGCCCGAGGGAUCAGCAUCCUUUGUCGAGUCAGGGCUGGGGGCCCUCCUGACCCCUGGCCCAAGCUCAGGCCAGGCCCCAGGUGGAGCCGACAGCUGUGGGGGGGGCCCCGUUCGGUCCAGGCCCUGGGACAGGAGAAAGGGGGUGCAGGGAGAAGACAAAGGAGCCUUGGACACUGGCACCCCGGAAGCCGGGAUACCCAGGGGGACAGUGUCUUUCCUGCCCACCCCGGCGUGUGACUUCUGGAGGAGCGAGGCCCGUGACACACAACAGCUGUGCAGAAGUAGCGCCUUGGUGAGGGCCAGGUCCUCGGGGUGUGUCCUGAACCCCUGGGAACCUAGGAGGGAGCUGGGGGGCCCUUCUGAGUGUACCCCAGAAGGCCUUCCUUCAGGGCCGCCAGCAGGGCUCGGUCCCUGCUGCUCCCACCAGCCCAGAGCCUUCCUCUCAGCCCUCACGCCCCUGGGCUGGCCUGAGCUGGCCUCGGGUACCCACUCAGAGACACCUGGGAGUGGCGGGGCACAGGGACCUUUCCCCUCACUCAGGGCCGAGCCCCGGCUCACAUGGUGUUGCUUGAGCCGCAGCCUCCCUCUGCCGGUGGAGCAGAAGGAGAAGGACGCCUCCGUGUACCUGGCCCUGCACUUCCCCAGCAGCAGCAUCUCAGACGGGGGUCCGGACGCCUGGCCCACGAGCAGAGCAGUGCCUGGAGGGUGGACCAGGACAAGCCCUGGAGAAGGAGGCCAGACGCAGACACUGAAGCUCCCCCACCCAGCAGCCCCGGGGCUGCCGCCCCAGGACCGCCCGUCGUUGGAGCUGGAAGUGAGGAAGGGCCGGCCUCGGAGGAGGGUGAAGAUGUCUCGCGGGAGCAGCAAGCAGAGGAAAGCGCACAGCCGCUCCAGAAGGUACAAAGGGAUUUUCUUACACAGUCGCGUCCAGCUGAGAGCCAGCAGACUGCGGAAGCCACGCUGGGUACUGAGAAAAGAUUGCCCCCCGCCCCCGCUUAAGGGACCGGAUCCAUGCGGAACCCGUGGGCAGGCUUCUUCGGAAGUGGCAGGUCCAAGUCCAUCGGGGGAGCCAGCUUGUGUCACCUCAGAGUCCUCUCUUUGCGGUGGGAACGGAGAAAAAGAGGAGGAAGGCGGCAGGCACAGCUCGAGACGCUGCUGUCCUAACACAGGUGCAAGUGCUGUCAGGGAAACGGCCACAGCAACUGUGAAGGAAAUUUCUCCACCUGCCUGCGAGCCCCGGGACAGUUGUCCUCCGGACACGGCUGUCGGGUCAGAAUCAUCUCUGCAGGCCGACUCCUUGGUGGCUGUGGCGAAGGACAGCCUGCUAGCCGGUGGCAAAGCUCUUGACUCGGGGCUGCUUGAGCUGCACCGGCUGCCCUCCCAGGAGGGAGUCUCUGCGGAUUCCACCCCAGGCACUUUCUCGGAUGCUCUGGCGCUUUCUUCCGCUGAGUCCAAAGGAACCCCUCUCCGCCACGACCUUGCUACCUCGGCAGCUGCCCUCCGUCCUUCUCCAGAGGCGAGGGCAGGCUGCGCAGCACUGGGACUUCACAGCGUGGACCCACAAGACCACAGCGGGGCUGCAGGGCAGACUCUGGCACAAAACUCCCCAGACAGAAAAAUGAUGCCAGAGGGCCUGUCCGCAUCGCCAGAGAAACCCUCUCCUGGGCAGAGACUUUCAGGCUCCGUUCCACCGGGGUCCCCUGGAGAAACUCAUCUUGAAACAGCAGCUUCAGGACCGGGUGCAGCUAGUUCACCCCCAGAGGAAGGGAAACUGAAGACACGCUUUCCUUCCGGGGGGUGCCAUGGGUGUGGGAAAGGGCUGGUCCCCUGUCCUCCCUUAGGAAGCGACAGCGGGGGGUGUCAGGGGUCCGGAUUCAUCACUCCAAAGGCUGCUGCGGUUCCUUCUAGCCCAGGGCAGCCCCCGGAGGUCCCUGCAGCCCCUUUGAAAGCCCUCAGGAAGAGAAGCUUGGAAGGAAUGAGAAAGCAAACGCGGGUGGAGUUUAGCGACACCAGCAGCGAUGACGAAGAUCGGUUGGUCAUAGAAAUAUGAGCUUCCAGAGAAAGUCCACUGGCCCAAGACCACCGGUGCCUCACGGUGAACGCCGUCGAGCGGGCGGGAGAAGGAAACUGGAUUCACGGAGCACGCGCAGAUGGGGAAGCCCUGCGGGGUUCUUUCUGAGCGCCCCCAACCACCUCUGGAACCCAGACUCAGCCACUCCAUGCCCAGAUGCCCCACCCGCACGGUGCCCGGCAGGCCAAGGUGGCAGUGAAGCAAGGUCUAAGAAGGCUGGACCGACGUGGUGCCCAUGGCUUGACUCCCAGCCGUACCCUCUGCAUCGCAUCCUCCCUCUGUCUCAUCCAGGGAGUGGCAUUAGGCCCAGAAACCACAACUGACCUGUUUACCAGCAAGUGAACCCCGCAGAGUCAAGGUGGCAGGGUCCCCCAUGGUUGAGCUUGGGUUUGCUUCAAGGGUGGCAAGCAUGCGUGGGAAAGUUGGGGUACCUUGCAAAGGAGACAGGCCCUUGGGCCUCGAGGUGUUUCUGUUCACGCUGGAGACAAAACCCAGAUGCUCUGCAAAACUGAAGUUUGGUCAGAAUAAUUUGCCUCCUUAGUGGAAGUUGUAAAUAUACUUCAAAAUGCCUAUGAUUGGGUGAAAUACUGAGAUUCUUUCCAUGUUGCACAAAUGGUCAGUGCUUAUGUAUGAUCUGUGAUAGAAGCAUGUACACAGCUCUCGUUGCUGGUGCCUUUUCUGUGGAGACCUCUGACACCCUUGGUUUUUCCAGCUCUUGCAAAAGGAACGUUGUGUUGAAAGUUAAUAGAAUAGUCUCUGUAAUGAGUCAUUUUUGAGGGGGAAAAAUUCACUUAUUUUCCUCUGAUUCCUUCUGUCAUAUUGUGCUCUGAGCAAUUUCAAUUAGAGGGUUACAUUUUAGUAAUCUCUCCAGCUUAAAUUGAUGCCUGCUCCUCGUGACGGGAGCCUUUUAGAUUUUUCCUCCAGAAGCUUCGAGGAUACAAAACUAAUUGGAGUUUUGACGCUGUUUUACAUCUCAGUAAUUUUAUUUUGGGGGCUUGGUGUUACUUUGCUGUCAAAUUAAAUCAGCCUCUGUAUUGUGCAAGUCAGAACAGCACAGAUAAAAUUCCCCAGUACUCCAAGCCAGCGCGCCCUGUGCAGAAUAGCUGAUCUCCGGCAGCCGCCUCAGUGAGCAAACCCUCACAUUUCCUGCACUCUUUCUCCUUAAGUGGGAGCGGAAAAACUCAGAGGUUCACACUGCUGCAUUUCAGUAAAAUUUUAUACUUGCUUCUGGUAUGAUUUUGUACAAUUUGAAAUUUAUAGCUGAGCUCCUGUGGCUUAACUUUGAUGUCAUGAGGUUCAGAUGACCCCCUGUACUUUAAAGGCGAGGCCACGGUGCAGAAUGUCUCACAUGUACGAAGAUGCUUGACCACAUGCUUGCCUGUGACUAAGGAUGGUCAGAUUUCAAGUAUCUGCAAGUGAUGUUUCAAUCUGAGGGCAAUUCCUUGAGAAACCUGAAAGUGAGACGAGCUUCCCCUGGUGACAUGGCAUUUGUGUACGGCGAGGUGCAUUCAGAAUCACCCGAGUGAUUUCGAACCCAGCCAAGAGAAAAGGAGGAGGGAGGUGAAGAGUGUUAAGGAUCCAUGUACUUUCGACCCCAAACCAGCGUGCUGGAGCUUCUAGCCCUGGGAUUGUCGCAAGAGAGGAGGUCUGGGAAGGUGGUCUGAGACCUGGCGGACUUUGUCCUGAGCUGGCUGGGAAAUCUUGGUUAAGACUCCCGCCCGCUCAGCACCACAGUGUCCCACGUAGAAGGACCGAGUCAGGGGAAAUGAGCUGAAUGUGACUCGAAGCCCUGCUCCUUCUGAUCACACAAGUGGCUGGGAGGUGGCCCCCAUGGGGAGGGGUCCUGCACCCAGGAAGUUCCAGUGGGGGCCUUGGGGAAAUAAAGCCAAUUGUUCUUUGAAGAAUGUGAGCUCAGGGGAAAGAUCUUUCUCAUUUUCCCCCCAGAGUUCCAGAUUUGGGGGUGCAGGUAUCCAGUUCAUAAACAGUGGCUCGCAAGUAAAAAAUGAGAAGCGAGAGCAGAGCACAGCUGAGUGAGCGGAAGAUGGCAUGUCUGUGGGCUAAGUCCUGGGAGGCAGCGGUCAUGGGGGGGGGGGGCAUUGUCCAGAUGCUUCUCUCCCGGGUGGCUGCUGAGCUGCUGGCUGGGUCACUGGACCAAAGUCCGUAUGUCAAACUCCCAAUGACACUGACCUCAGGAUAGUUGAGUCAGGUGGAAGUUCUGUCCUUCUACGAGCCACCCUUGCUGGCUGCCACAUCCCACCCUGGACUAAACAUGGCAGAACAGUGAUGCCAUCUCUAACUCCCUGUGUCUCCCACAUAAAGGUGAGCAGCUUCCCACAUUUUCCUGUCUCAGCCGGUCAUGGGUGGUAGCAAUGUUUACAAGUGUACCUUACUUUAUAGCAAUGUGAAUGUGUGAAAAGCUAUAUUUCAGUGGAUUAAACAAAUUAAAAUUGUAUUUUGAAUGACCAUAGCGUACUUGGCUAUUGAAAACCAUCCCAAAGUACACAUAUUUUUUUAAAUGAAAAAAAUUUUUAUAAAGCAACAAGCGAUCUCGGAUUAUAGAAAUCUUAAUUUUCCUAUGGGUUUUCUUAAAGUGGACCACAACUAUAGGGGUACCUUUUAAGGAUAAUAUCAGUGAUCUAUAACCAAGUUUAGGUUAUUUAAAAUGAAAUUUUAAUUCAGUAUUAUCCAUGAUCAAUUGCUGCAGUUACUCCGUAAGUGUGUACCAUGCCACUAUUAAGGGAAAACAAAUUUAUUUUAGAACAGGGUAAAUUAGAGUUUAAAGAUAAGGGAUUCCCCGUUCUCCCCAGUGCUGUCAACUUCACUGUACCUUCAGGCGAGGGUCUUGGCUGAUGGGUAGCUCAGCUUCUUCUAAAGAGGAUGCUGACAGGACCAAGAAACGGUCCACUUCAAAUUCUUUGCUGUUCUCUCAGGGCAAGGUAUACAAAUGCCACAAACCAUGAUGCUUAGGUUUCUCUCCCCAGCUAUACCUACACCUGGCCAGAUCUCACUUGUUGAAGAAGCAGAGAGCAAGGAGGUGUCAUGUCCCCCAUUGGCCCCCAUAACUGAUAAGGGGUACUUAAUGUCACGUGUUUCUGAUGGGCAGCCUGAAUCCUCCAUGUUCUAAAGCAUGGUGGAAACAACGCAUGCCUCUUGCUACAUAUGACCUUUGAGAGUCUGGCUGAAGCUAGCAUCCCUUUAUUUCACAACCUGGAGAACCUAGGGUUCAUUUGCCAAGAGACUGAAAAAAGACAGGGGAUUGGUGCUUCUGGAUUCAGAUCAAAACCUGUCAAUAGCAUGGUGGGUAACUGAGGGCAAGUUAAGGCUCCACUUCCUAAAAUCCCUCCUCUGAAUCUCAGAUGGGAAGAGGAGCCUUGGAAAAAUGCAUUGUGACCACAACUCUUGGCAUGACAGAUGAGCGAUUUGCAGCCUCAUGCCAAAACGUAUUUCCUUGCAUUUACAUUCAUUACUUAGAAUGAUCACAUUAUUCAUUUUUUUUCCCCAGCAUAGAAAUUUGCAUUUUGCACAAAAUUUGCCUGGUGCAGCAGAUUUUUAUAGUUAUGGAAACUGUCAUCAUUAUCGGAAUGUGCUGUUGCUCAAAUGCCCAGACAUAAUUUAAUAUGGCGAGGAGAAAAAUGGUCUGCCUGGCUCUAUGGCGAACAUAUUUCUACAACUGCAGGAAACAAGGCUGGCGUAUUUUCUCACUUCAGGUGUGAGUCUCAUAACUCUUGUGAGGGGGACUCUUUUGGCUUUUGAAACACUACAUUUCUCAAUAUGUAAGCACACUUUCUCAUCCCUGUCUUUCAGAUACUCCUUAAAUAUAGGUGUCAGCCCCCCCCCCCAAAUCCCAUGUGCUAGAUUUGGGUACUGUACAAUUCUUUUUACCCUGCUUUCUCCUUGUGUGGGAAUACACAUAAAUCAAUCUGAAGAAACAUAGAGACAUUGCGCAUAUUCCUUCACCAUUGGAAGGAAAGGAGCCAAGGAAAAUGAUCAGCUUCUAUCACUUGGAACCCUAGGGAAAGACUCAUUACCUUCUAUAUGCAGUCAGCCCCUCAGAACUUACUACACCAUGGAUUGUUCACAAUUACGAAGCCAUUGGCUUCUUAGUUGUUUGUUUAAAUGUAUUUCCUUCUUUGUAUGGUUAAAUUAUUCUGUUUUGAUAAAAAUAAAACUGGAAACGAAAAGGUCUUGUGUGAUUUGUUAACAUUUCUAACCAAAACUACCACAAAUACUGUGCUAGAUAGUUUGUAUGUCUGCUUAUUCCUACAUAGUUGACCAGACACUCUGUCCGCCAUAUUGGUGUCUCAUUCUGCUCAACCGAAGAGCUAGGUAAUGGCAAACCAUCUCAUUUUCUUAUGCUGUUUCCUUUCCCCGUGUGUCUCUUCUGUCAUCGUCUGCCAUGUUUAUGGUCCAUAACUUAGAAAUGUGUUUUUAAAUCCUUCAAUGUAGCUAAACGCUGAAGCCACACGAGGGCACUAUCCACAGUGCAAUAAUCCCCAACUUUUCCGCUUAGAAUUGACGUUGCUUGGAUAUUUGACAUUAUUCAUUAACAGAGAAAACAUCCUUAAUUCAAAACAUACCUCCUUAUAAGGAUAAGUCAUAUACUCUUGGCAAGAAUACAUAGACUUGUUUCACAGACCAACACCAUAUCUUGCUAUGUCUAUACGUUCUGAAGCCACUUGAAGUCAACGGAGAUGCGAUGCGUUGGGAGAAAAAGCGGGAAUGGGUACACAGAGGAACUGAUAUACUAGCUGAUGGAUCUCCACAGCAUUUUUGCUAACUCAUCAGACUCGAAUAGUGAUAAUCCAUUGUUUCCAAACUUCCGUCAUUUGAGAGCCAUCUUACUGCUUCUCGCCACACGUGUCCACACAUAGGUACAUUAUUUACUUAAUACUUUUAUUUAAAUCCUCUCUGUCUUAAGCUAUUAUUUUCCUAAGUAAUAGAAUCUGUGAGCUCUCAGCCUUAAUUUGGUAAUUACAUGUAUUUUCUGAUAUGCAUUAAAGUAAACUUGCUAAAAUUUGUCAUCCAUGUACCAGUUCAGUAUCAUUUCUACUCCCUGGUACACCCCCCGCACUCCAGGGAACAUGGAGCUAAUCCGAAAAGUACAUGUGCUGUUAGUUUCUUGAGUUUUUCCAGUUUUUGUUAAGCUCAGCUCUCUCUCCAAGGCAAGAGAACUAUCCAUGGCAAGUUGAAUUGUGGGCUUGUCGGAUAAUUGUCUUUAGUCAAACUUUACUGUUGAGUAGUUAACCUUCCAAGUCAAAGGAUUCUCACAUCUUUUAGCCUCAAAGGAACAAUCAUGUAGUGUCUGGUUGCAUAAAUGUACAUAUUUUCUGUUUUGGUGUUUGAUUGGUUGGUUGGUUGGUUGGUUAAUGCGUACAGAUUGAUGUCAGGAAAGCACAAUUAAGGACUCAUGCUGAACCACCAGCACUACCCUCAGUUCUGCCCAAAGAUCUGUGUCCAUACUUUUGAACUUGAAGCAAAUGGAUUUGGCUGGACUAACAGCCCCAGAGAAUAGCUCUCUGAUCUCCUGCUUGAUGACAGCCUGUUGAUCUCUGGGCCGCAGACGCAGGGGAUGUGCUUGGUGGCAUCUAGGACAUUUGUCUCCAGCUGUGACAGACGUCUGCUUUCAGUCUCCCUCAGCUUUGGCUAGAGGCAAAUUCAACACCCUUUACAGUAGAGCAUCCCGGCACUGGUCCGUGCGAUUUUCGCCCAGUAGGCGGUGAAUUGUUUUCUGCAUAAAUGUAAGCGUGAUCCCUAUAGGGAGCUGGCAGUUUUGUGUGCGCAGCACCUGGGACAGGAUCCAGCCCUGUCUCUGGCCACGGAGGUGAUCUGGUUGUCUCCUAUCUGUACAUUGUGUGCAAUGCGGUAGAACUCAGCAGGAUUCCGUAGCAGUUUAGCAGAAAUUCAGAGAGAGAGACCUGACUCCGUCGUAAAUGAAAGGCCAGAUAUGCAGGCUUGUUUUUUCCCUGUUGGUGUUCCCAUCAGACAUGUUUGCCCUAAGCUCCCCCCCGCCCCCAGCAGACACACACAAGCCUCACAAGAGGUCCUCCUCGUAAAGUCCUCUUCCUGUUAAAAUAAAGAGCUGGGUAGAGUGGGGCCAACGUGGAAGGAAGUACAACAGCCACACAAAUGGCCCCAAAGAGAUUUCCUUAGAGGCAGGGCCAACAGCGCUAAAGCUGAGAAACCCUGGUCUGAGAAGAUGAGGUUAGAGUCUAUUAGAGACCCUAGAAUAGCUCAGGCCUCAGGCUGAUGAUGAGACUGGAGUGGGGAGAAAGACUAGCCUUGGCAGGACCAGAAGCAAGCCUGGGCUCCGUAUCCUGGUCCGGAAUGCUUUCCACAGCAUCACAUCUGGAACCUUCCCAUCUGUGUUAGGACAUGCUUCUUGAGUCUACACACUGUAGGCUAUUGAGGGGCUAUGGUCCAAUUAACUUCGGUUUUUUUUUUCACUCUUCAUUCCACCUUGAGAAGAAAGAACAGGACAUCGGAAGUGAAGUCCAUGUGAACAGAUGUUUGGGUAUUGACUAGACAUUCAGUAAAGUAGAUCAAAAGAUAAGAUUUUAAAGAUCUCUUUUAUCAAAGUAUAAUUGAUUUAUAAGGUUGUGUUAGAUUCUGGGGUAUAGAAAAGUGAUUCAGUUAAACAUACAUAUAUACAUUCUUUUUCAUAUUCUUUUCCAUUAUGGUUUAUCACAGAAUAUGGACUAUAGUUCCCUCUGCUACACAGGAGGCCCUUGUUGUUUACCCAUCCUAUGUAUAAUCAUUUACGUCUGCUAAUCCUGAACUCUCAAUCCCUCCCUCCCCUACACCCCCCACCCCU